AUGGGGUCAACAGCUAUGGAACUUGUGAGAAUUCUCCCUAGUGCAGAAGAUGAGGUCAACGUAGCUUGUUUUCAUCCUUCUGUCGGAGGUGGCCUUGUUUAUGGAACUAAGCAUGAACCACUCUCAUCGCUGGCAGCUGAGUAUCAAUCAGGCAGCACUAUUUUGUUGGAGAAAAUAAAGGUUCUUGGUGAACAAUAUGCUGCCAUUAGGAGAACCCGGGGCGACGGGAACUGCUUCUUCCGAAGCUUUAUGUUUUCAUACCUGGAGCAUAUUUUGGAAUCACAAGAUGUAAGUGAAGUUGAUCGUAUCAAGGCUAAUGUUGAACAAUGUAGAAAAACACUUCAGACCUUGGGUUAUGCAGACUUUACCUUUGAGGACUUCUUUUCGCUAUUUCUUGAGCAACUGGAUAGUGUUCUUCAAGGAAAUGAAGAAUCCAUUAGUCAUGAUGAGCUCAUACUUUGGAACCGUGAUCAGUCAGUAUCCGACUAUGUUGUGAUGUUUUUCAGAUUUGUUACCUCUGGUGAAAUAAGGAAGCACAAGCAUAGGUGAUGGUAUAGAUUCUCAUGGCACAAAGAGCAAAGUAAAUGAAAGCAAGUGCAAAAAGGUCCUACAGAAUUAGUGCUCGGAAGCUUCCAAAGCUAGACUCCAAUGAGGUCGUGAGAGCAGCAAAACUUGCAAAGCUACUCUUUUAUGUAAAUUUCUGGAUAUACGAAUACUAUUAGAUGUACUUCUUUUGUGGACAAAAAAUUACCUUUGUACAAUCCAUUUUAAUGCAUGAUGUGGAUUGUAACAAUUUCUUCUA